CGAGUAAAAUCCUUCACUUCAAGACCUGUAAAAAUGCAGCUCUGACAGAAGUCUGGCACCCAUCUGGUAUUAACCUUACUUUUCUAGGAUAUGGCUCUGUGUCCUUUGGAUGGGUGAACUUGGAAACGAGCAUUUCUCUGCCGAGUGUCUUUGAAUGGCAAAGGAUCACUCACUCACUCAUGGGGGAGGCAUUUGUGGUGUAGUCCUCUUUUGACUGAAAAGGGCUGUGUGGACACAGCGUCAGUGCAGCUCCAGUUCCUUGGUUCAGAGCAGAGCUCAGUGCCUGUACGUGCACGGGCUCUGGCCUGGAGCCUGUCCAUGCACAUCCCUCUGCUGCAGGAGGCAGGAGCAGCCGCGUUUGCCAAAGGCUGCUUUCAUGUUCUCACCUCGGGUUUCAAAUGCACUUGAGCUGGAACAUCAGGGUGUUGCCACCCGUACAGACAAGCCUUUUCUCUGUCCUGCCUUCCCAUUCCCUUUUUUAUGGAUUCUCCCCAUCUGAAAGCUGUCGAAUGUACACUAAUGAAAAGAUACCAAAGAUGCAUUUUAAUAUGAUUUACCAAGAAGUUCUGCCAGCUCUGCUCAGGUUUGUUUUGUUUUGUUUUGUUUUUUUCCCUAUUGGGAAUAGUUACCUAUCUUCAUGGAAUUACUGUCUUUUAUCUCUGUUUGAGACAUGUAGGUAUGAUAUUUUACAAACAAUUGUCUCCUUUGUGGGGAGUAGGGGUAGUUCGGUGUUUUUCUCUGCCGAGAAAGCUCACAGUAGCUGGAAAUACCACAUGAGAAGGAGAUCAUGUCUAAUUAAAAAAUCAAAUAAAAAUGUCUUAACUGCAUGUUCUGUUUUACAGAGUUGAAAAAUAGAACUUCUCUGAAAUUUUCUGGGUUUUUAUCAGAGAAUUAUUCCUAAUUUGGGCUGUGUUCCGAGCAGCUGAGUGUGUUGCAACAGAGUGAAGUCCAUGGGAGGCAAAAGGGCAGUGCAACUGCCAGCCACAUUCAGAAGAAAAAGAUAAAUGGAAAACUAAGAAUAGCUUUGCUCAUUUUCAGGGAGGAACCUUCCAUGUGAUGAGGCCCUUAGUAGCUCACCACAGUGCCUCAGCAGGUGAUUCCUCCUGUCCCUGCUUUGCAAGUUCAGAUCCCCACGUGCCUGCAAACCGUGAUGCUAUGCAGCAACAGAGAACAGGUGUGUGCCACAGAGGGGUGGACAGACCUGUAACAGAGACGUCAGUGUCAGUGCUUGUGCCUGGAGUGUCCUGUAAGCUGCCCUGGCCUUGGUUUGCCAUUUUUAGUGUUUGAUUUCAGAAACGUGGAACGUGAGGUAACCUGCACUGCAGGGGUGACUCUAAGAUUACGUCUGUGUUGCAUAAAUGCCCUGGUUGUGGGAGAUGAUGCCUGUUCCCCCUGCCCCACACAGGGCAGUGGGGCUGGCAUCCACCACCUAUGGCAAACCAGCCCUAGAGCAGGCUGGAUGUGCCCCACUGAUACUUGUCCUUGCACAUGUGCCUUUUUUUUUUUUUUUUUUUUUUUUCUUUUUCUUUUUUUUUUCUUUUUUCUUUUUUCUUUUUUCUUUUUUGGCUUUUUCAGUGCAGAGCUGUUACUUUCUAGCAAUGAAAACACACUCCCAGUGUCCUUUUCAGCAUUUCUCUCAAUCAAUCCCAAUCUUUGAAACAGGAGUGCACUAACAAGAAGCUACUUUCACCAUUUGGGCACUUUAUCUCUUCUAAUAUAGAACAGGCAUGGCAAUACUUCUGUGUGUCCUGAAAAUCCAUUAAGUACAGAGAUAUUUCUACACAGGUCAAUAAUUUAGACCGUUAUUAACUUAUUGCUUAUUGACUUGUUGCUUUGGGUGCCAGGAUGAUGCAUCCCUUAUGUUGCUGGCCUUUUCCAUCUGAAUAGCAAUCAGUAUUGCCCUCUGAAAAAUAUCAAAGAGAACAAAGACCUUUCCCUGGCUAUCAGUUAUCAAUUACAGUCAAGUCAAUCAAUGCUUUCUGUUUACCUCUCUACAUUUAUAUUUACAUUUCUAUGUAAAGUAGUAGUAAUUUGUGAGUCUUUGGGAUUUUAUUAGACUUGCAGGAUGCCGUUUCAAUGCAUCUUUCAAAACAGUUUCCUUCCAGAGUCCAAGUGUGGACUGACCUCAGCUUUAGGAAAAAGUCACUCUUUUCCAGGGAGUGAGAGGCAUUGAAGUCGAUGUUUUGCUCAGUGUUUAUCCAGAAUUAGCAGAACAUUCUUGUAGUAGGUGGAACAGAACAAGAAAGCUGUUAACAAAAUAUCUCCAUGUGGCUUAAUUAGAAAUGGGAGAGGUCAUCUGCAUUUCACUAGAUUUCUUACUGCUUAAUCCCUCCUUCUAGUGUAUAGAGCCUGGAAAACUGCUUUUAUAAUUGCCUUUACUUCUGAGUGGUCCCUUAGAGGGAGGCUGACUUCAGCAUAUCAGGAAUGGGCAGAAGAAAAAAUAUUCUUUUACAAGUUAUUGAAUAAAUAAGCACCCCUGUGGAGGCAUCUGUUUUUCUGGGUGUAGAGUUACUUUGGCUGGGUAGGGCUAAGGAUCUCCUGGCUUGCUUUAAGCUGGGUUGCAGAAACAAGGAUUUUGCAGGUCUGCUCUUACAGUUUCAUUGAACAAAGCCCCUGAAAAAUCCCUGGGUUAUGAAAUAUUUCCUCUCUGUCGGGUCCCAGACAAGAGAUGGCAUCUGCAGAGCCAGAAAAGGAAGUCCUUGCCUUAUAGAGAGAGCUCUUGGUGUGACACAAUGGCUGAUAUAAAGUGUCGGGGGAGCUGAGUUGAAGGCAAAGGAACAAAGGAAGAUCAAGAUUCGGUGGCUGUCUCAGGCAAAAGGAAAGUGGAAAGUGUCUUGGGAAUGGAUAAAUUUAAGGCUGCGCUAGUUCUGGCUGGGGUAGGGGAUGCUCUUGGUUAUCGCAAUUUCUCCCGCGAAAACAAUGCCUUAGGAGCAAAAAUCCAGCAGGAGCUGAAGGAAAUUGGAGGGCUUGAGAACCUGGUGCUGUCUCCCGACAAGUGGCCAGUAAGUGACAACACGCUCAUGCACAUGGCUACAGCUGAGGCUGUCAUCACAGAUUACUGGUGUUUAGAAGACCUGUACCGCGAGCUGGUGAAGCGCUACGUGGAUGCUGUCGACAAGCUCUCGGGCAGGCGGCCGGACCCCGCCACCAUCGAGGGCUGCAGGGAGCUGAAACCAGACAACCACCUCCUCGCUUGGCACACGCCCUUCAAUGAAAAGGGUUCUGGAUUUGGAGCUUCCACAAAAGCCAUGUGUUUAGGGAUGCGGUACUGGAAGCCGGAAAGGCUGGAGUCACUGAUUGAAGUGAGCAUUGAAUGUGGACGGAUGACUCACAACCAUCCCACAGGUUUUCUAGGGUCCCUUUGCACAGCUCUCUUCGUGGCGUAUGCAAUACAAGGGAAACCCCUUGUGCAGUGGGGAAGAGACAUGAUGAAGGUUGUGCCAAUGGCUGAAGAAUACUGUAAGAAGACCAUUCGUCACAUGGCAGAAUAUCAAGAGCACUGGUUUUACUUUGAAGCCAAGUGGCAGUUUUAUUUGGAGGAGAGAGAAAUCAAUGAAGAAAACCAGAAUCAACCUGUCUUUCCAGCCAACUAUGAUGCAGAGGAGAGAGAAAAGACGUACAGGCGCUGGAGCUCCGAAGGCCGGGGGGGAAGGCGAGGCCACGACGCCCCCAUGAUCGCGUACGACGCCCUGAUGGGCUGCGGCGGGGACUGGACAGAGCUGUGCAACCGCUCCAUGUUCCACGGAGGGGAGAGCGCGGCCACCGGGUCCAUCGCCGGCUGCCUGUUCGGCCUGGUGUACGGCCUGAGCAAGGUGCCCAAGGGCUUGUACCAGGACCUGGAACAAAGGGAGAGGCUCGAGUUCUUGGGCGAGAAUCUUUACCGGCUAUCCAUGGAGGAAAAGUAAAGCAGUUUCUGCCAUUUUCUCUUUCUAUAAAGACUAUAUCAAACCCUGUAGAUAUCUGACUGGUGUUCAUAGGGAAGGAAGUAGCCCUGAGUUAGUCUGAAGAGCUCUGUGUACAUCGUGUGCAAGUGAAGAUAGCUGAGUUAUUAGACUGAUUAGAAUUAUUAGAUAUAUGUGAUAUUUGUGGGUUUUUUACAGAUGUAGGUAUUUCUAAAUAUAAGGAGUGCUGCUUAAACCUCAAAUGGCAAAAAAUAAAUAAAAUGUCUUUUGACUGAUUUCAGUCUAACUUGCUAUAAUACCACUUCCUAAACAGCUGUUUCCGGUAAUUACACGUACGAAAUUAAUUUUCAGAACUAAUGCUUUCUUGCAAAACUAAUGGUAGUACCCACUCACGGGGAUAUUCUCUGUAUAUUUGACAAUCCUUUCACCACUGUGUCCCUCCUUGUUCUCAAAUCUAAUGUGUCUCUGACACUUGUAAACCUAAUGUCUCGUGGAUUAGCUUUUAAUGAAUCACUGAUCCCUGUAUCAGCACUGUGGUGUAAGGUAUUGUUACAUUAGAAGCUUCCAGAAAAGGAAAAGCCAACACUAAAAAUACCUCCAAGGAACAGCAAAGCAUCAGUGUGUCUAAAAUUUCUGAUCGGUGUGUCUAAAAUUUCUGAAUUAUGCUUUUAUUCUUCUUCAGUCUUCAGAACAAAAGUUUCUCUAAAAUAUAACUGGCUGAAAUAUUUGUAAAUAAAUUAAUCUUGCACUAUUUUCUAAGUAUCAGUCUUUAUUUUUAGAUUAAACAGAUUAUAUGUUGCUGUAUCAGUAUCGGAAUCUUUGGCUGAGGUCUUCAAGCAGUUGUAAUAGGUCAACAGUUAGGCUGUGAUACAUUUCACAAGUCUGAACACCACGUAAACCCCAAGAAGAAAAGUUACAACUGCUUUACCUUUUUCCUUUUUUUCCCCUUCCCUUUAUUACCUUUUGUUCUUUUUCACCUCUCCUUGCCUGUCUUCAUCUCACGUCUCCUCUCCAAGUUCUUCCUCAAUAUUUUUUCUUUUCUUUUUCUUUUUUCUUUUUUCUUUUUUCUUUUUUCUUUUUUCUUUUUUCUUUUUUCUUUUUUCUUUUUUCUUUUUUCUUUUUUCUUUUUUCUUUUUUUUCUUUUUUCUUUUUUCUCUUUUCUUUUUUCUUUUUUCCUUUUUUCUUUUCGUUUUUAUAUUUUCUUAUCCUUUUUUUCAUUCUUUUUUCUUUUCCUUUCUCUUUGCCUUUCCCUUUUUUCCCUUCUUUUCAUUUUUCCUUUGUCUUUUAUUUUCUCAUUUUUCAAGAAAGCCAGCAAGCUACAAUUGGGUUAAAAGUUGCGUACCGCAAACUAGGCAAACAGUAACCCUUAUGAAGGAAAUCCUAAUGCCUCCAAGAGCAGUACAGGCACCAAUAUGGAAUCCUCAAUGAAAUAACACAGAAUUGAGCUCAGAAUUUGUUCCCACAUUUAACUUCAUUUUUACCUUAGAAGUUCAGAAGGUGAGGUCCACGUACUACCUUCUAAUUUCCACUCUGUGUGACUGCCUACGUGGUGUUGGUUUCUCCUGUCUUUCUCCAGCUGCUGAACUGUGUUUUAAAAAGAUAGCUAAAAAUACAUGAGUACUUUCCUACGCCUUUUUCCAUGUAAGCCAUUGCUGGGAUCAUCCCUGGGAUGUUAUGUGACAGACACAGGAGCAGGUGAUGCCUGUCAGUAGGAAUAGCAGCCUGCAUGACAAUGUCUGUAUGAAAAGGUUUUCAGUUCUGUGCGUUACCUCUCACCCUGUUGUUUUAGCAUGUUUUCUCUUGGCAGCUUCGCAAGGUGCUUUCUUGUUUGCUUUGGAGAUGUGUUAAAUCAAAGGCAGCAAUUGUGUCAGUAGCUUUUGGUGCCAGAGAAUACCAAGACUUUCUGAAAACAUUGCUUCUAGUUUAGGAUGCCUCUAGCACUCCUGUAAUAAAUUCAGCAGUAGAGAAGAGAGAAGAACAUAUUCUGCAUAAGGUAGGACUUUCUCUAGUACUUUGACUUUUCUUCUUCCUGUAGAAAAAAAAAUAAUCACUGACAAAUAUUAAGAGCAUUCAUAAUUUUUCCCACUUUACCUUCUAUCCUACCUGGUCAGGACCAAGUUGUGUUUCAGAGAUCAGUAAGAGAAUCUCAUUGAAAAAAAAGACUGAACCUCUAAAGCACCAUUUCUGCAGCUCUUGAUGUGAGCAGCGCCUUGGCCAUCAUUUCACUGAACACACUCAAAAGGCCGGUGCAGUGUUUUGAGUGGGCAGAGCUGCUCCUGGUUGUCUUCCUUACCUAGGGGCAGGUCAUUGGACCAAACAGCACACAGAGCCAGGUAGCGAUGGGAUGCCCAGGGAUGAGGGAGGCUGAGAUGCUGCACUUUGCACACUCUAGCUCAUGGCCAUUUCCCCAGAGCCAACCAACGGUAAGGCAGACCAAUCCACUGAUCUCUGACAGCUUUUGCAAGUUGGACAGUUUUUUUCAAUUUUUUUCUUGUUUUUUGAUGAGGCCUCCAUAGUGCUGUUUCCUUCUGCCCAUGCCAAUGUCCCAGCCAGUCCUUUGGGCUGCCAGAGUGUCUGAAACAGUGAUCAGAUAUUUAAUGUGAAAUUCAGGAUCAGGAGACAGGGCCUUCUCUUUUCCACACCAGAGACACUAAACCAGAAAAUCCUGCAGCUGUAUGCUUUUAGCAAAUGCCAUGGGAUGCCACCACACCCUGCUACUCAUCUGGGGCCCUGACAGAAUGAAAAGGCUGGAGUGCACUGGUGUAAGAGGCAGCAGGCAAGUCUGGGAGAGAGUGCCAGCUCCUCUCCCUUCGCCUUGGCACCUCAGCUCUCCUCUGCUCAUGACACAGGUCCACUGCAGAGGUUUCUCUGGGACAAGUCAGCCAGCUGGAUAGGGUUGCACUGCUGCCCAUUAGCAUAUUAGGCUGUUACCACUCUGAUGCUGCCUGUGACAAGUGUCCCCAAAGAACCUAUAAAUAAGUAACUAAGCAGCCUGUCUUAUGCAUCUUAAUUAUUUGUGGGCCAAGAAGACAGGAAACUUUUGAAAGUGGCCUUGCCUCCUCUACAAGUCCAAGCAGUUUGUCCUCCAGACACUGAAAACCAUGCAGCAGCACUUUCAAAAAGCAGCAGCAAAUUGAGGCACAUCAUACACAUUAAAAAGAGUGGAAGCCAACAUCUCCAGAGGAAGAGAGGGGUGAGAGAGAGGCCAUUUUGCAGGAUCAGGGAGGAGCCCAAGUAUCUGCCUUGUCAUAUGGCAGUCAUAUGCCACAAUGCUAGGAAGUGAAUUCUGCUGGCCCGGGGUUCCCCCUGUGCAUGGGAUCUACCUGUCUGGAUACUCCCAAUGGGACAAGAAUUGACUGUCUAUAGUUGAUAUAGAGGUGACUGUAUUUCACUGAUAGAUUACAUAGUUUAAGAGCAGCAGGAUGCAACUUGGGAAAAGACAGUAAGGAAAAAUUAGGCACGAUGACUUAGCCUGUUUAGAAUGACAGUCAUGCUCCCAAACAUGAGAAGCCUCUUACUUAGGCCUCCUUCCUUGAGGGGAAACCAUGGUGUUUCCUACCUCAUCACUACCUCCAUUUUCUGUGGUGGCCUCAGAAUUCAGUGUCAUUGUACCACUGCCCUUGCACAGAGUACAUUUCAGAUUUACAUGGUCACGAUGGUCAUUUGCAGGUGACGUCAUCUUGGAAGAGCUGCAGAUGCCCUAAAUAGGUGCCAUAGCUGUUUGUUCAUUUUCUCCUGCUGGCUGGUGAAUAUGGAUCAAACACUCAACCCAUGCAACAUGUCUUGGUACUUAAGGCAAUGCAGUAUUCCCACAAAUGCUACAUUUCAGAUGGCAUCCUGUAAUAACAUUCUAACAUGGAAAAGGAAAUCCCUGAAUAGAGCUCACUCAUAGUAUAUUUUA